AUGGCGGCUGCUGCUGCUGUUGAUAAUGACAGUCCCAGUGGCCGUGGUGUAUCCCGUGGGGCUGUGGAGGUGUCGUGUGCGGCCGGCGGUGCGCUGCGUGUACGCCCCGCUGCUGAGAGCGAGUGGCUAACAUGCGGUGCGGGCAGCCGUGUGUCUGCAUGUGGGAAGUACGCAGACCUCUGCAGCCAGCGUACCGCAAGAGCAAGAGGAGCAAGAACAACAACCAUUGCUACUACUACUACUGUUAAUGCUGGACAACCAAAGGCAGUGAUGGCGGAAUGGAGUGAUUUUCUUUCAGCGACAAGCAGUAUUUAUAAGGAGUGUGAGAAGAACCCUACAAGUGUAGUUCGAGAUGUAAAUUGUUCCGAGCGUUUUGUGAAUUUGGCGGCUAAGAGUGUGAGUGGUUCUUCACACGAACAUAAACCGAACGCUGGUUCCCAUACUGAGGAAGGUUCUACAGUCGUAGGGAGUAGACCAGGGGAUGCUUUAGAAGAACCUUCCGGUUCCCCUGAAGCUGAAACAAACACACAGGAUGCACGAGAUAAGUCGACAGAGCAAAGCCAACCUCAAGGGUCUACUCCUGCUACAGAAAAUAACAAGGGAGCAUCGAGCAGCACAGCUGAUAAGAGUACACCGAGUGAUGGUAAUCUUAACCAGCAAUCUCCUUCAACUGUUGAUGUGACUGUCACACCCGACACACAAGGAACUGUUACCUCAACUCCGGUCACUACUAACACUGACGCAGAAACUCCCAACACACCUGCCACCACUCCGCCCACCACCGAGAAUACUGUCGAAGCACCAACCACCACACCAUCUCCUGCAGUUGUAAUCGACCCAAAGAUCAGUAAUAUCGCUUCCACUGUUCAGAAGAAGGCCAAUGUUGACAGCACUGUCAGUCCUGUGUGGAUGCGCACUGCAGCACCGCUCCUGAUUGUGGCUGUGUUGUUCUUCUUUACUGUGUACUGA